AACUGAAGUUUGCUGUAAAAAAGGGGAAUUUUCAACAAUUUCGUAACAAAUUUCGUGUAUUUCGAGAUAAAAAAAUGCUGAUAAGAGCAAACUGAAGUCUGUUAAAACCGCGGUGAACCGUGGGCGCGAAAAGAUCCUCAAAAAGACGGAGUUGAAACCACGAAAAGGGAAUCUAAAUCCUUUUGCCACCGGAGCAAACUCUUGAAUAAUCCACAGAAUCUUAUUCUUGUCGUAAAAAAGUGAAAAAUUCUUCAAUUUUUGCGAUUUCCGGGCAAAUUAGAGUUAUUUGCAAUUCCCGCACUCGUUCCCGCUGGAAAAGUGCCGAAAAAGUGGAAAACUGCGCUCAGAUCCACGAAACGAAGGCGAGGCUGAAUCCACGGAUUAUUCUGCAUCCUGCUACAAAAUCUGGGAACCAACUCACAAUCGACCCUAGAGAAAUCUACGGGCAAUAUCCGGGUGUCUCGAAUACCCAUCGGAAACCGCGCUGUCAGCAUCAUAGAAAGAUCUCCUGCAAAUUAGGACAUGUGGCCUCAGUAGCCGGUCCUGAAGACUAAAGAGGUCUACAUCGUCGGAGUAGCUUGCGAAGGCCCAGGAACCUGGAUUCAAUAGCCGUACUGGACGCCGUUUUAGCUGCUACUUAUCAGGGAACAGCAACUGGAGUUUGAGGAAGCAAGUGAAAAACGCUGAACUCAUGGCAUCCUCGGCGCCGUUGGUGAUGCGAGUAGUGGGCAGCUCGAUAAAGAUUGCCCAGCGCGCUGGAAAGAUUAUUCGUGACGUAAUGUGCCGGGGUGAUCUCGGGAUCGUGGAAAAAGGUAAAGAUGAUCUUCAAACCGAGGCCGAUCGUUCUGCGCAACGAUGCAUCGUAGCGUCACUCUCGAAGAUGUUUCCCAACAUUACCAUUAUCGGCGAGGAAGGGCAGAGUGAUUUGAAUGUACCUGAUGACUGGCUGAUCACUGAGCCGAACGCAGAAUUUACGGAAAAGCACGAUUGUCCUGGACCACUGGCAGACUUAAAGGAGUCGGAAAUAGUCAUAUGGGUCGAUCCGCUGGAUGGAACGAGCGAAUACACACAAGGUUUUCUGGAGCGCGUCACCGUAUUGAUUGGAAUCGCCGUUAACGAACGUGCUGUUGGUGGCGUGAUUCACCAGCCUUACUACAAAACCGACACUGGUGAACUUGGCCGCACCAUAUGGGGUCUGAAGGGCUGUGGAAGCGGAGGCAUGCUGCCAGUACCGCCACCAGCUGAUCGCUUUAUGGUAACAACAACUCGAUCACAUUCCAAUACCAUCGUCCAGUCGGCACUGGAUGCGCUCACUCCUGAUGAUGUACUGCGGGUUGGAGGUGCUGGCUACAAGGUUCUCCAGCUGCUUGAAGGUAAAGCACACGCAUACGUUUUCGCAAGUGCCGGUUGCAAGAAAUGGGACACUUGUGCUCCGGAGGCUAUCUUAGAGGCUAAUGGCGGCACACUCACGGAUAUGCUUGGUAGACAUUAUCACUACGGAAAAGAUGCCUGCUUUCCCAAUAGCAGUGGUGUGCUAGGCACCGUAGCCGGUAUAUCACACGAAACUAUUCUUUCCAAAAUUCCCGAAACAGUCAAAGCGGCUAUGAAUAAAAUGUAGGUCUU